ACGGAUAGGGGUGGGCAGAGUAUGUAAUACCAGUGGAAUCUAUCAGGAGCUAUUCUUAUCAAUACACGAAAUGGAUAUCAAAAUUAUUCUCUAAAAAAUAAUUUAUUGUCUGAUUGCUUGAAUGAUCUAGAAGAAUUUAAGGUUUUGAAUAUAUAGGCGGAGUUAAAAUAUUCUAGAAUCCUUCACAUUAAUAUCUAAAUAAAUAAGAAAUUGCAUAAAAGUUAGAGAGAGGGAGAAAAAAAUCAAGCAUAAAGUGUAUAGUAGUGACCAAGAAGCUAAGAAAUAGAUAGAGAGCCCUCAGAUCAAAUAGCUCGUCAAACUAAUAAGGAGAGCUGUUUGAAUUCAUAGAGAUAUGAAUAGAGGUGUUUUGGAGAGCUCAUCACCGGUGAUGGGCGGCGGCGGCGGCGGCGGAAGCCCUAACUGGUGGAGCAUGAUCCAUCCCAUGAGGCCUCCCAUACCUUACCACCACCACAAUCCGCCGCUACCGCCGCAUCUGUCGCCGCCUCCUUUCUUGGCUCCUCUUCCCACUCACUUCCCUUCGCCGCCCCCUCCCGCCGCCGCCGCCGCCGCUUGGACCGAUCACACCCAAGAUCACCUCCAUGAGUCAUGGAGCCAACUAAUCUUGGGUGGAUUGGUGGGAGAAGAAGAAAAAUGUGCAGGAAUGAUGAUCAAUAAGCAGAUGCAGAGUUGGGAGGCGGGGCAGCACCUAGCCCCGCCGCCCCAGAACGCCCGGGAAGCCGCCGGAUUUCAGGUUUUGGACAUAAAACAUGACAACCCGACGACGACGACGAGCAGUUAUGUGGUGGUCUACGGUGGUCAACAGCGGCAGGGGAACUCGGAGUUCCCGGCAAAAUCUUGUGUGACAUCCUUAAGUAGUAACAUGUUGGAUUUUUCCAACAAGUCUGAUGCCAGACAUUCUCCCCAAGAUCACUCAUCUGAGUGUGUGAGCACAGCUGCUACAACUGGUGGUGGGCCAGCUACAAAGAAGCCCAGAAUCCAACCUUCUUCUUCAACGCAAUCCACCUUCAAGGUGAGGAAGGAAAAAUUGGGAGAUAGAAUUACUGCUCUUCACCAAUUAGUUUCUCCAUUUGGGAAGACUGACACAGCUAGUGUGUUGUUAGAAGCUAUUGGGUACAUUAGAUUCCUUCAAAGUCAGAUUGAGGCCCUUAGCAUGCCCUACUUGGGGAGGAAUAAUAAUGGAUUAGGAAAUAACAUGAGGCAUCAUCCACACCCAUCGUUGGUACAAGCGGAGAGGAAUUGUUUAUUCCCCGAAGAUCCCGGUCAGCUUUUAAACGACAACUGCAUGAAAAGGAAAGGGACUUCUGGUCAUCAUCACCAACAGUCAAAGGAUUCUCAUGAAGAAGCAAAGAAGGAUUUGAGGAGUAAGGGGUUGUGUCUUGUCCCAAUAUCAUGCACGCUACAAGUUGGGAGUGACAAUAUCGCGGCGGACUAUUGGGCUCCGGCGGCUUUUGGCGGCGGUUUCCGGCCAUGAUAGCUCCCGGCUAGCUCUCGGAGGCGGUUUCCGGGCGUGAGCGUACAAUAAUAAUUUGGUUGAUUGUUUAUGGGCGUCUGUCACACCCGACACACUUCAAAUUAUCGGAUCUGUUACUUAACGGAACAUAAUACGGCCGGAUUGGAGUACUUAAUAUGAUAUAUCAUCAUGAGCAGUCAAUCUGCUAAAGUUAUAAGGCUGAGUGCUCAUGAUGAUAUGCAUACACUUAAAAAGAUCCGAUAAUUCGAAGUGUGUCGGGAAUGUAAGAUGAAUUAAAUGUACGUCAAGCAU